GGGAGGAACAUUGACUAAGUUGUGACCCAGCAAGCAAUUCGGGAGAGAAGAUCCAGCACCUUGCUUAGUACACUGAUCUUCUUCUGCCCUUUGGGAAAGGAGCUUUGGUCCUGCUGUCAGCUUGGACCCUUUGCCUUGGCUCUCCCUUCAUCAGCUCCUAUGGUUGGAAAAGUCACACCUGUUCUCUGGAAAGGAAAUGUGCCAGGCUCCUUGUCAACAGUGCUGUUCAGGUGGGAACUGAUUUGCUCUGACUAAAGACAGGGUUUGAGAUGGGACAGGCAGCGUCUUCAUGAUUCCAGUGAUGACUUAUGGGAAAGGGAUACUACUGAGCUCACGGAGGAUCCUGGAGAUGCACAUUUUAGUCCUAGCACUAAUCCUAGUACACCUGCCUUCUGCCUGUCUUCUGCCUGAAAAUCUUCCGGACUCAGUCAGCUGCACACAGGAUCUUGGUUGCCAGCUCCUGGCAGGAGAUGUGCUGUGCACCCAAGGAGAAGCAGUGCCCAUGCCAGAGUUAGAUCCAGUCCUGGUGCUGACAGAGAUGAAAACAAGGACCAUCCUUCGCUGCCAGCAGGAGCAGGACUGCGUUCCCUGCGUGCAGGUGAUGCUACACCUUGGCCUGCUGGGUGUGAAACAAGAUGGAAGGUUUGGUGAGGCUGGUGCCCAGCCCACUAGACAUCAUAAGGAAUUAUUGCGAAUGCACGUAUGGCUCUCAGCCCAGACGUACCCUUCCUUCCGCUGUGUGCUUAUGGAGGUUUGGCUUCCUCGUACCCACAACAGUAGCCUGGGGUCUCUCCAGUUUGACUGCUUCCCAAUUGCCCUGAGUGGAGAGUUGCGUAUCACAGCCUUCACCAACCCCUUCUAUGAAUCUGUGCCUGUACUAAAUCACACCCAUUAUGGACCGAACUGCAAUUGGCAUAAAGCAAAAGAUAACAUCCAGCUCUGCCAAGUUCCCAGCCUGGAGGUCUUUAGUGGUGCCAAGGAGGCUGUGCUACAAGUGUGGGACUUUCCAGUACCACAGCCCUACCAUCUGUGGCUGUAUCUGAACCAAACACAGGGACGCAAAGGGCUGAACCCCCCUAAGGAGCUGGCUGGACCCGAGAAUGUGAGCAUACCUCUCUCUAAGGUAUUCCCCUGCCUCUGUCUGCAGAUAUGGCCCAAGACUGAAGACCCACCUCGAACUGACCUGUGUCCCUUUGCAAGAGAUACGGAAGCCCUUGCCAGGGCCUGGGCCCAGAGCCAGCUAAAGCUAACUGUCGUUCGUGGAACACUGAGUCUUCUUCUGUCCGCACCAUGUGAACUCCCAGGGGAGCUGGUACCAUGCUGGAAGGGGGACCAGCUUGCUUGCUACCCACUCCACUCCAGGUUGCACCUGACCCUAACUCCAAAUGAGAUCCAGGAGUUUCCCGGACUGAGACCCCAUCCCAAUCUGUGUGUGCAGGUAAGGAGCAACAGAAGCAUCCGCCUCCAGAGCUGUCUGCAAGAGGAUCUCACAAGAAGCCAGCAGCAGCUACUGCUUUGGGAGACUGUCAGCCCCCAAGGCAACUCAUCUUUCUGUCUUUUGGAGCAGGGCUCCUGGGUUCCCAUUGCUCAGGCCAUCAGCACAAGAAACACGAUCCUGAGGGAGGCCCUACAAAAUGACAUGAAAUCGGGAGACUGCCUGCAGGUAUGGCAUUCAGAGGAUAGUGAAACGGACAUGCUUUGGGCCUGCUCCCUUCAGAAAUAUAGCCGAACACACUGGGGACUGGCCUGGAUGAUGGCUCUCCUAGGAGUCUGCUGUAUCUUGCUGGUGCUGCUACUCAGGAAGGAAACACUGAAAGGUUGGCUCAGGAUCCUGAAUGAGGAUUACAGUUCUGGAGGGAUGCUUCAGAGACGGCCGGUUCUCAUUCUUUACUCUCCCGACAACGCAAGGUUUGAGCGACUGGCCGGCAUCCUGGCUGCAGCACUGACCCAGCUCCACUUGUCUGUAUCCCUGGAGCUGUGGAGCAGGGCAGAGCUGGGAUCCUUGGGACCCAUGCAGUGGCUCCAUGCACAGCGCCAACAAGUGCUUCAAGGAGGUGGCACCAUUGUGUUGCUUUUCUCCCAUGGUGCCGUGGCUGGCUGUGCAGAAUGGCUGGGUUGGGAAGAGAAAGGCACACUACCACCCGUCCACACUGAUGGCAUUUUCUUGGCUUCUCUCAACUGUGUGAUGCCAGAUUUUCUGGCUGGGAAGGCCAGGGACAAUUAUAUGGUUGCCUGCUUUGAGGAGCUCCUUCCCGUCGCUGAGAUCCCUAGACUCUUCCAUUCAGUGCCCAUUUACCAACUACCCUCGCAGCUGUUCAGCUUCCUGUUGGCCCUGGCUGGCCCUGGGGUGGGCCACGAGCAGAGGAACGGCCUCAGAAGGCAUGUGGCAUGGAUUGGCAAGAGCCUGGAGCGUGCAGUUGAAGAGUGCCAGCAAAAGAAGCCAAGCUGGCAACAUUCUCCAUUGCUACCUCCCCAACCUGGUGAUGCACAGAUGAAAGGGACCAAUGGUUGUCCUUGCACAGAGUCCUGAAUUUCAGACGCUGGGCUGUAGCUGCCCCCCAUUGCUAACAAACGGAGUCUGAAAGCAUGGCCAUGAAGACUCCAUGCAGGGAUCUUGAACAAGCAACCCAGCUCCAGCACUGGACAUGUCUGUCUCCAUCCUGUGGGUAGGGAGCCCUGAUGAUAUAGCAGUGUGUGGGCUGUCCAAGCAAUAGGUGUCCAUGUGAUGGACCGGGUACCUAGCUGUGUAUGUGAGGUUAUUGAUAGCUCUGAAAGGAUCCUGCUGAUGUGCUUUUUGUAUUUAUUGUGCUUCAAAGAAUGAAUGAAGGGGAGCCUCUCCAUGUGUCCAGGAACAUACACAUGUAGGUAUACUUCUGAAUACAUGUGUAAGUAUACCUCUGAAUACUAGCUGUUGGGGACAGAAAGGAAGGGAACAAGCAUCACCUUUGUGUGUUCUGGUUAUGCACUUCCAAAGGCAUCUUUCUACUUGCUCCUGGAGCCAGAUGGGCCUUGAUCUGAUGCAAGCAAAGCAGCUUUGUGUUCUUAACUGGUGUUCUGGCUUUGGGGAUUCCACUGUAAGGUGGAAAGUGAAACAACACUCAACAUGAAGCUGAAAAAUAUUUUAGAUCAGUGGGAGAGCUUUCUACAGCAGUAAGGGCAAUGGUGAGAGAAAGCCUGUGUUCGUCACUGAUGCCUGCCCAAAUUAGUAUUUUGUCUGGACCAAGAAAUUGAGCACCAGCAUAUUGAGGCAAAAGCCCUUCAAAUGUUGAUUUUCAGUGCAGGGUAUUGGUUUAGGCAAUUAUGUAUUCUUUUAAAGAACUGUUCAUCCCCUAUGGCCUUGUUCUCAGUACGUGGAACGUGGGACACAUCAUAUUCUCCAGAUACUGCCUCAUUUCCCUCUCAUUGCCAUGAUGCCUUUCCUUUGUAGCCACUGUCACAGUGAGGACAGAGUCAGAAAUCAUUAUGUCAUCGUCACAUGGGAACGUGAGAAACAAGUAUAUGGAAUGGGGGUGAUCCCUCGGACAGCAGGGGGGAACAUGGGCUGGCCCACUCCUCAGUUGAAUGGACUGGCCCCAGGCUCUCACACAGUUUCUCUACUCUUCUCUCCACUCCCUCCAUCAUGUUUGAAAGUACGGGAUGAAUGGGUGCUACCAGAUGAACAAAAUAUCUUUGUCUUUCCUUCUGGUUACACUUAGGUAGGGCUGGAUGCUUGGUUCAGGGAAGACUCUUCAUUAUAUAGGAGGACUUAGAGAGAGAAAGGAUACAGGAGGUGGACUUUAGAUCUGGGAAAUCCAGGUUCAACUUCCCACUUGACCAUGGAAGCUUGUGGGGUGACCUUGGGCCAGUCACGGUCUCCCUCUCAGCCUCACCUUCCUCUAAGGGUUGUUAUUGUGGUGGGUGGUAAAUCAGAGGAAGGAAGUGUGAUGUUGUAAGCCACUUUGGGUCGCCAUUGGAGAGAAAGGUAGGGUAUAAAUAUCUAAUUGUUUGAGUCCUACAUUGGGUCAUGUUCCCUAACCUUAGAGGUCCAGAUGUAUGUGAUACUGGUUGGGGGGGGGUCAUUGUUUAGUACUAGGGAUCUUGCAUUGCCUGGUAAGUCCCCAGUUAAGUGCUUGGCACCUCCAGCUAAGAAGUCAUAGGGCAGGACAGCUUGAGUGUUGGAGAGCAGCCCGCUGGCAGUACACAGAGCAUUGAUUUAAAUGUGGUCUGACUUGGCAAGAUGCAAUUCUUAUUCUCGAUGUAGUUAUUUUCCUUUAAAAUAAUUUAAGAGUCUUUAAGCAUCAUGAAAAUUAAAGCAUUUUUUAAAAAUUCCUCUAAUUUGGAUAUGUUCAAUUGGCUGUGCCUCUUAGAAGACCACCCCUGAGCACAUUUUAAAAUCAUGACUUUGGAAGGUGCCCUGCCUGCAGCACAGUCUCCUGAAACAGCAGGGGUCAGUUGCCAGAUUUUGGACCAAUCUUUUUUUUUAAAAGUCUAUACUGUUUAACUGUUACAUUUUUAUCCCACACUCCCUCCAAGGAGCUCAGGUCAGCAUACAAGAUUAUUCCCCAUUUUAUCCUCACAACAACCUUGUGAGAUAGGAUAGGCUGAGAGUGAGUGUGACUGGCCUAAGGUUACCCAGUGGUCUUUGUGGCUGAGUGGGGAUUUGAACUCUUGUCUUUUUGGUCAUAGUCUGGUGCUCUAACCUCUAUUCCACACAGGCUAUUAACAUUACAUUGUUUAAUAAUGGGGACAAGAUGAUGUCAGUUUCAUGUUGCAAUAGUGACACAUUCAGUUAUGAAGUAUUUUGUGAGACUGGACCGAAAAUUCUAAUUUCCUAAUAAAAUCCAUGCUAUUUUUUC